AUGGGGAUACGUAAGUCAUCUAAGCAGCUGAAAGAGUCUGUUUCUAAUGAUGGUUUCAUUUUGACCAUUGAAAGUGAUUCUGAAGGUGAAGUUGGGGCACAUCCUCUGGACGAUGAGCUAAAUGCGACCUCAAAAGAUGGGAAGCCUAUUGAUAAAGACGAUGAUUUGAUUAAAUCUGACUUUAAAUUUGCUUUAGAUGGUGAUGAUACAAGCAAAGAGUUUGAUGGUUGGGACUUUACCGUAGAGGAAAACGAUUCUAGAAGAAAAGAUGUUGAUUUAGAUGGCAUCUUGAGAAGAAAAGGUGGAUUAAGUGGUUUGGCGAAAAACGAAAACGAAGUAGAACAAGAGGAAGCCAAUGAACAAAGCGAUAUUGAAAAAGGAAUAGAAGAGGAAGAAAACGAGAGUGAGGAUGAAGAUAAGGACGAGGAAGAGGAAAAGGAUGAAGACGAAAAUGAUGACGAUGAACUUGCAUUGGAUGGAUUUGGAAUGGGGGCAGAAGCUGACAAUGAAAGCGAGAGAGAUGAAGAUGAAAUCGAGGACACUCAAGGAUCUGAGAAUGAGAAAGAUUCUGAUGAUGACGAAAUAAUGCAACCUGUCGAAUCGGAUUCUGAUGCCUCUGAGUCUGAUAAAGAUACCGCUGAUGAUAUGGCUAAGUUUUAUGCCAAGGAAUCACACAAGACUAAAGAUCAGUCUCAUAUGACGUUUCAGUCUUUGCAGUUGUCACGUCCUGUGUUAAAAGGGCUUUCUCAGCUUGGAUACACCAAACCAUCGCCAAUUCAGUCUUCUUCAAUUCCUAUCGCUUUGCUUGGAAAAGAUAUUGUUGCUGGUGCGGUGACGGGUUCCGGUAAGACAGCAGCUUAUAUGAUCCCAAUUAUAGAAAGGUUGUUAUAUAAGCCAGCUAAGAUCUCGUGUACUAGAGUCGUGGUCUUAGCGCCCACAAGAGAAUUAGCUAUUCAGGUUUGUGAUGUAGGAAAGAAGAUUGGGCGAUUCGUCAAUAAUUUAAACUUUGGUCUAGCUGUUGGUGGACUUAAUUUGAGGCAACAGGAACAACAGUUAAAAUCGAGACCCGAUAUUGUAAUUGCAACUCCUGGUAGACUCAUUGAUCACAUUAGAAAUUCACCGUCCUUCUCUAUCGACUCGUUAGAGAUUCUAGUGAUCGACGAAGCUGAUAGGAUGUUGGAUGAAGGUUUCCAAGCAGAACUUACAGAAAUAUUGACGUUAAUACCAAAGCAUAAAAGGCAAACUUUACUUUUCUCUGCUACGAUGAACACCAAAAUUAAGGAUUUAAUUCAAUUAUCAUUAGACACACCUGUUAGAAUUAUGAUUGAUCCUCCGAAGGCCACAGCUAACAAGUUGGUACAGGAGUUUGUACGUAUCCGUAAGAGAGAUCAUCUCAAACCUGCUUUGUUGUUUGAAUUGUUGAAAAAGGUUGACCCAAGUCAACAGAAUAGAAUCGUUGUUUUUGUUGCUAGAAAAGAAAUGGCACAUAGAUUGAGAGUGAUUUUGGGUUUGUUAGGUAUGAAAGUUUCUGAAUUGCAUGGUUCUUUGACACAAGAACAACGUCUUAAAAGUGUUUCCGAUUUUAAAAGUUUACAAGUUCCCGUUUUAAUAUGUACCGAUUUGGCUGCCAGAGGUUUAGAUAUUCCAAAAAUUGAAAUUGUUAUCAAUUAUGAUAUGCCCAAGACUCACGAAAUAUAUUUGCAUAGAGUUGGUAGAACCGCUAGAGCUGGAAGAGAGGGUAGAUCUAUAACUUUUGUAGGAGAAUCAGGACAAGAUAGAGGAAUUGUCAAAGAAGCAAUUAAAUUUCUUGAGUCUGGCAGCAAAGCUGUCUCUAGAAAUGUUGACUGGAGUGAAGUAGAAAAUCUGAAUAAGAUAAUCGAAUCUAAAGAAGACACGAUUCAAGAGGUUCUUGAUGAAGAAAAGCAAGAAAAAGAAAUUCUCCUGGCAGAGAUGGAACUCAAGAAGGCUUCGAAUUUAAUAGACCAUGAGAAAGAAAUUCAAUCACGUCCUAAAAGGACAUGGUUUGAGGAUAAGAAAAAGGCUCUGCCUAGUCAAUCUGAUGCAAUGCAUCAUUUAACAAAGCGUGGGAAGCCAGUGAAUUCGAAAAAAAGAAAGGCAAUAGAAGCAAGAAAGGAAGACUCAAAGAGGUCGUAUAAGAAGACUACAAAAGACAGACUAUCCCUGAAACCGAAGAGCAAGAAAAAGAGAAGAUGA